CAUUCGUCGACGACGAGCAUACAUUAUCCGUGUUUAAAUACCAUCCCGCCUUUCCAACGUCCACUUCCAUCAGACCCGGGGACAUACACAGACAGCACACAGAACCAUGAGAGAAAACGUCGCCCAGGUCCUCGCCCUCGUGGUUGCCGCCCUUGUUCCCAUGGUGAUGCUGGUAAACACAGUGCAGGCUGCGCCGACGGAGUGCGCAGACGGACUUUGUGAUGACAAACUGGCUGCGUCUGAUGGAGCGUUUAGUGAUGGUACUGACUUAGACAAGAGAAUGUCCAAGUUCGUGCGUAUAGGCAAAGGCCACGGUAGUUCUUUCGUUCGGAUCGGCAGGCCACACUCAUUUGUCCGUAUUGGUAAAUCGACUGGACUCGAUUCUGAGUACGAGGAGCCUGAAAAGCGAGGGGGAUCCAACUUCUUAAGAAUCGGAAAGGGCAUGAAUAGAUUUCUGAGAAUCGGUAAAAGUGUAGAUACCGACAAACGGGCGAGCCGGUUCUUGAGAAUAGGCAAAUCUAUGGAAGACGAUGACGAAGAAAUGGACAAGAGAGGCCAUGCUUUUGUUCGUAUCGGCAAAAUUCCUUCCUCUGCAUUUGUAAGGAUUGGCCGUGAGCCUCUCCUGGACCGCAUCAUGAAGAAACCCAGCAGCAGUUUCCUGAGGAUCGGACGAAUGGGGCAGUCAUCAUUUGUGCGCAUUGGCAAGAAGAGUUCCGGUUCUGACGAGGACACCUACAGCGUGUAGACGACUUCCGGUCUGCUGUGCUCGGCCAGGUGAGCCACCUCACACACACAUACACGGAGACAAUACAUCUUGCAGCAGUACAGUCACUUUGCAUCCAUUACAGUGUCUGACAUAUAUCGAUAAACCUACAGGUGAUAUUUCGAAAUACAGGGGUCUUUCUCUUCCACUCUCUUGAACUCAGCUGACUUGCGGCAUGGUGAACAUUUAGAUCUAAGUUGGUGACGGAUGUGUACAUGCUUCUUCUCAACUUCAUCCUAAACAAAGUUUCUCGAUACCCCAAAGGCUAUUGACGCGUACGUGGACUUUCGUAACUGACAAGUGAAAUGCAUCUCAUCGUAAUAAGCUGACAGUCGUCCACUAGAUCCUGUGUCCAGUGGGGUCACGUGUCGAGUAAGGCAUCAGAUCUUAUGUGCAGUCGGAUCAUUGUUCUGGCUGUUCGCUAGAUCAUCAAAGGCACUACCGUAUGGCAGCCGUCUGGAAUUCAUGGCUCCCCGUGCAAUCUGGAGGACGUUUUACAAGCAGCAUCAGACCUUUCCUUGUGGAGGAUACGAGAGUCAAUGUGCAUGUCAUCAACUGACAAUUAUGAGAACUAAAGCAAAAACGCUCCUUAUCAUGACACAACUUGUAUGUAUUUGUAUGUUCAGCGUUUCUGUGAUGCCGAUCGUUUAAGAUAUAUCAGAUGACUGAGAUACAAUAAAAUCUAGUUGUUCAA